GAAGGCAGGCAGGCAGGCAUAUUAAGCCAGUAGAUCCGUAUUCAUCCCAACACUUCAUCCCUCCUUCGCUCCUCCCAACAUCCAGACCAAGUACUUGCUUGACCUUUUACUACAUCGCUAGUCUAAUCAAUUCCAAUCCAAUCCAAUCCAAUCAAUACACCCUCUUAACCAAACCACUCAUCAACAUUCAAUAUGUCCCCAAACCCACGAAUCAUCCCCACCACCGAAUCAACCACCCUCCCCCGCACUCAUCAACACCAACCAAACGACGCAGACGCAGACGCACCACUGCACACACAAAGCAGUCCUGAAAGAGAGCAAGAAGAUCCCAGCAGUCGCAUCCUAGGCAGGAGUAUCAAGCCGCCCGUGGUACGGCAUUAUAGUUGGAGUGAGGAGGAUCGGAAGCAUGCGUUGCAGGCGCGGUUGUUGGAGACGGAGGGGAGGGAGAUGGGGUUUUCGGAGGUGAGGGGACAUGAUGGGGGUGUGAUGGGGGAUGAGUAGGAUAUUCUCUGUGAUGGUAAUUUGUGGUUGAAGGUAGGAAUGGAUGGGAAUUUGAA